CAAAGAUUUAAAGAGCAUCAACAAAGCGAUAUUUACCAAUUGUGAAUUCAAAGAGACGCUUUAUGUCAACAAAGUGACAAAGACAGUCUUCUAUUGCUCCUUUAACGGGACUAGAUCCAAGAAUAAGAACACCACCUCAUUUUCUAGGGAUUAAAGCCAAAGGAUUGGCAAACAAUGGCUAGUCAUCAGCAGGAUCUUGUGAGUAGGCCACAACCUUCAGGGCUGUGUGAUUCAAGGCUUUUCCAAAUGAAAGAUCACUGCAAUGAUUCAUUUACGGUUAUGAACCAACUUCGUAAAGACAAGCAACUCUGUGACAUAACAUUUCGAAUCGGAUCCCAAACAUUUCUUGCCCAUCGAGUAAUCUUGGCUAGUGCUAGUCCUUACCUUCGAGCCAUGUUUACGUGUGGAAUGAAAGAGAGUUCACAAGAAGAAAUCGAACUACGAGGAAUUGAAGCAAGAGCAAUGGAUUUCCUUAUUGACUAUGCCUACACUGGGGAAGUUAUGAUCACCACUGACAAUGUGCAAGACUUACUCCCUGCUGCUGGUAUCCUACAACUUAAAGAGUUGAAAGAGGCUUGCUGCUCUUUCCUUGGUGACCACAUGGAUGUGACAAAUUGCCUGGGGAUAAAACAAUUUGCUGACCUGCAUUCCUGCCCAAAGUUACUCAGACAAGCCAAUCGUUUCACAGUCAUGAAAUUCAUUGAAGUCAUACAGAACGACGAGUUUCUUCAACUCCCACAUGUGGUCCUCAAAGAAAUCCUCGAAAACGAUCAUCUUCAUGUCGACACCGAGGUACAAGUGUUUAGAGCAUUUUUGAGUUGGGUAAAUCACGAUGUUGAGCAACGAACACAAAAUGCGUUUGAGCUGUUGGAUUUGAUCCGAAUUCCACUGAUUCCCAAGAAUUUUUGGACAGACGCUUUCCAACAAGAGCCUCUCUUCAAGCAGAGCCAGGCAUGCCAUGCAUACAUCAAGGGCUAUUUAAUGGGUCUGAACAACGACACACUCCCCAAGAAGACACGCACUCCAGUUAAAACCAUCUACACGAUAGGCGGUCGCAACUGCCAGCGAUGUCUGUCUUCCUGCGAGCGGUACAUUGCCGAAGAAGAUCGCUGGGAAGAGCUUCCCCCAAUGAAGCAAGUUCGAACGGCUGUUGCAGCUGGUGCUGUAGAUGGGAAACUAUAUGCUGUGGGAGGUGAAUGUGAGACGAAGUUUGCUCAUGAAGGUACUCUGUAUCUAACAUCUGUCGAAUAUUUUGAUCCAAUUCACAAUGCAUGGGUGGCAGCACCGAGCAUGAAGUUGCAACGAUCAUUCACAGCUGUAGCAGUCCUCAACAACAAAAUCUAUGCUGUUGGGGGGGAGACUACUUCGCUGUGCUACAAAUCUGUCGAGUGCUAUGACCCUCGCCAAAAAGUCUGGAUCACCAUUCCCGACAUGCAGAUUGCUCGGUCUGGCGCUGGUGCCUGUGGAAUAAAUGGAAAGCUGUACGUGAUUGGAGGUCAAGACCGUGCCAUCCAUCAUUCCACUGUCGAAUGCUACGAUCCCAAUGAUAACACAUGGCGGCUUGUUGCUAAUAUGCAUCAUGCUCGCUCUGGAGUGGCAACUGUUGUCUACGAGAACCACAUCUAUGCUAUAGGAGGUCGGGACAGACACAGACAAGCCUAUUAUGAUGUGGUUGAGCGAUACGAUCCAAAAACUAACACCUGGGAAGCUUUUCAGUCUCUAACACACCCUCGUGCCUGGCCCUCUGCGUGUAUGUUUAAGGGGGAUAUCUAUGUAACGGGUGGCUAUGAUGGCCAGUAUCGCUUAAAGACUGUCGAGCGAUUCGACAAGGUGGAGAAGAAAUGGAAGAGUGUGGCCGACAUGUGUGAGUUUAGAGCAGGAUGUGGAACUGCUGUGCUGUGAUUUUCUGUGUCUUGUUUUUUCAUUCACUUAGCUAUUAUUAUGAUAAACACAUUCUGUAUUAAUUUUUUUGUCUGUAUGAAAAGGUUUGUAUGAAAGGUGACUUUAAAAAGAACAUAAUAAACACAG